ACGAUCGCAAUGGCGGCGUGGCUGAACGGUUUUGUGUUAUCGGCCGGAUAGGUGUUGCUUUCUCGGCGCGACUCGAGUCGAUUUUCUUACUCGCAACGUUGCUGGCCCAGCGCGCUCGCUCGGCGGACCGUUUCCUUCUCAGUCAUGUACGUUCUCCUGCUGACGGCUCUGUUCAAUUUCGCCCUGGACGCGGUAGGAAGCGUCUCUCAAUUGGAGAUCAAUAAGCAUUUGGAGCUCGGCAGGGAGUUCCUGGCGAAGGGCCAGCUGCAGGACGCACUGUCGCACUAUCACGCAGCUGUCGAUGGCGACCCGACUAAUUACCUGACGCACUACAAGAGAGGAACGGUUUACUUAGCUCUGGGUAAGGCCAAAUUCGCCCUCCACGACCUUGACAAGGUUCUGGAAUUGAAUGCGGACUUUAUACCGGCCAGGCUGCAGCGUGGCAACAUUUUGCUCAGGCAAGCCAACUUCGACGAGGCUGAGGCCAACUUCGUGGACGUGCUGUCUGUAGAACCAAAUAAUAGAGAUGCCUUGAAUGCCUUAGAUAAAUUAUACCCAGCUAGGGAAGACAUGAAGGACAUCGACUUGUUGGUGCGUAAUGGUGAGCAUGGGGCAGCUGUGCACCAUAUCACGCGGCUCAUCGAAGUGUGUCCGUGGUCGUCUGACCUCAGAGAGCGCAGGGCCGAGAGUUAUUUAGUCCUCGGUGAUUAUAUGAGCGCCAUAUCCGAUAUACGCUCGACUACAAAAUUGUUGUCCGACAAUACGGAAGGAUUUUUCAAGCUCUCGACGUGGCUCUAUCGUCUUGGACAGGUGGAGGAAGCAUUGAAAGAGAUUCGAGAAUGCUUGAAGCUCGAUCCAGAUCAUAAGGAAUGCUUCCCGUUCUACAAGAAGAUACGAAAGAUCAGCAAGUUGCUGCAAGACGCGGAAAAGGCGUCGGAAGAUUCGAGGUACGAGGAGUGCGUCGAUUCGGCCGGGCGUGUGUUGAAGCAAGAGCCGGACGAGCAAAAUGUGCGGUUCGCAGCCUUUCAUCUUCUCUGCAAGUGUCACACCGGCACUUCCGAGACAACGGACGCGAUUAACAACUGCCAGGAAGCAUUGAAGAUCAGGAAGGAGCCGGGUGUCAUCUGCGACAGCGCGGAGGCGUAUCUCGCUGCGGAGAUGUUCGACGAUGCCAUCCGGGACUUCAAGGACGCGUUGGAGAUAGACCCGAACUUCCAACGGGCGAAGCAGGGUCUGCAGAAAGCGCAACAACGGCAGAAGAUGUCGGAGUCGCGGGACUAUUACAAGAUCCUGGGCGUGCCCAGGACCGCGAAGAAGCGGGAUAUCAUCAAGGCGUACAGGAAAGCGGCGCAGAAGUGGCAUCCGGACAACUUCCAGGAGGGCGACGAGAAGAAGCACGCCCAGAAGAAGUUCAUCGACAUCGCCGCCGCCAAAGAGGUCCUCACCGACGACGAGAAGAGGGCGAAGUUCGAUCAGGGCGAGGACCCGCUGGAUCCCGAGUCGGGCCGACAUCAGCAGGGCUUCAAUCCCUUCCAAGAGUUCCACCACUUCCACGGCUCCCCCUUCCAGUUCAAGUUCCACUUCAAUUAAACGCACGAAUCGCGCGGAUCAUCCCCGUCGUAAUAGGAGCAAUUACUAUCCUCGAAUUCUUCUUAUCCUCGUCCGCGACGUGGACGGUGACACACCUUCGUAUCCUUCGCUCUGUCCUUAGCCCGAAUUUAAUUUUCACUACCUCGUGGCUGGAGAGGCCGUGUUUAACUCUCGUUGAAACGGACUCGGGAGGUUCGUGAUACGCACGACGGCGAAUUAGUACGCACUGUCUCGGCCGAGUCAUCUCGCAUUAUCGGAUGCGUGUCCUCGUGUUUUCGAUACGCGUUGCGUCCAGCUUUUCGGUACGGCGGCGUAACGGAGCGGCAAACGACGGCCGACGCUCCGCAAGUGUGUGUGUGUGUGUGUGUGCGCGCCUUUCAAUGGCCGAGGAAAUGUAAACGCGUUGUACACCUAAUUCAAUCGUGGAACGAGAGAGGAAGGACUAUUUAGUUAUAUAUAUAUAUAAAUAUAAAUAAAAGAGAUAGUGAUAACUAUCAAAUGAAAUUACGAACUUCUUUUAGGGCAGAUAUUUAGGAAGAUUUCGGAUCCUUUUUGUAGAGAGAGAGAGAGAGAGAGAGAGAGAGAGAGAGAGAGAGAAUUCUCGAGACGAUGCGCGUGACGCUGCCAUAACAAGCGUUUUCCGAAACGACGGGUGUUUCAGGCGCGCCUUCCGUACCGAAAAGAUCAGACGCAAGGUAGAGUUGAAUCGUUUGAUAGCUUUGCCACUGCUAAGAAUCACCGUACAGUAAUGCGCUACACGUGCAUACGGACUGAACGACAAAGAUGGUCUGCUUGAAUUCCCGUGAGCGUGUGUUGCGUGCAAUUUUUCAUCGUAGCACCGUCGAUCUGUACUCGCCAGCGUGGCGAUCCGCGCAAUUGUGAUCAUACUAAAUGUCGCCGUGCAAACGAAGAAUGUACAGUUGAUCAUCACACACACACACACACACGGACGCACACACACACACACGGACGCACAUACAUAUAUAUACAGACACACACACACACAUAGUGUCACUGAUUUACUUCAGCGGCUACUCGAUCGUUUUAGCUUGGAACGUGCGAUCAAUUAGAUAGAGAGAUAAACGUGAAAGCCAUUUCUUGAUGAUGAUGAUGAUGACGCGCCCUUACCGAGUACGAAUACAAUUCUACAUUCACUAAGUAUUUAUAUCUCGUUAUUAUUAUAAUUAUUAUAAUAACUGCGCGCGGUAUUCGUACUCGGUAACCGUUCACAUAACACGUUGUGUAGUGUGCCCUGUGCGCUCGCGGUGUUUUGCAUGAGUGUGAGUCGGAACUUCAUGUGUAAAUACUGUAUCUCUGAUAUUUGUUUAAGAAAUAUACAUAUAUAUAUA